UUUAGCUAAAGAAAUCAGUCCUAAUUCUUCCCCCCUCUGUCCAAGUGUGAAAUACCGAAAAUCAGUGGCACUUGGCUUGUUUUACCAGGUGAGUAACAAGUCGGUUUGAAAACACUGACAAGGCGGUAUUUGUGAUAAGUAGUAUUGGAUUUCGCUUAAAAAUUGAAACUUGCUGCUAAUUUUGGUGAGCAGACUUGAAAUAGUCCUUUAUCGUUUUGCUUGAAGCCAACUCUUUUUUUUCCACAUUCCACUGGGGCAUUUCAUUUAAAUUCCAUUUUGAAAUUUGAGCUACAUUCAUUGUUGUCUAGGAGCGUGGCGAAAAAUUUUCAAUGAGGUGAGAGGAGGGUAUACUGUGUCACACGCAGAGUAGUAUAGUGGGAACCGAUUAGAUCACUUUUUUGCGCGCAAAGUGUCUUUUUUUUGCGCAUAAAUGCAUUAGCGCCAUCGUAGCCUUUUGUAUUUAUCUCUGAAGAAAAAUUGUUCGUCGGAGCUUAUGUUCUCCUACCUGCACGCAAUUAUAGAGUUUCCUACGUGAAAGAGGGGUCUAACCAGUCCAUGCUAUCCUCGGUACGUACCAACGAGGUCCAUACUGUAUUUUACUUUAGGUGACAUUUUUUCGGAUAAGCAGAGGGAUUGGGGAGAGUUACAAUCCUUAAAAAUAGCUCUAUACAUGAGUCACGUGGCGAGAAGGACCAACUAUGUUGUCUGUAUAAACCAAUUUUUAGAACGGCUGAUACAAUACAACAAAAUUUUUAACAAAGAAAGCUUUCAAAUGAUGGUUUUUGGCAAGCAGUUUGAAUAAAAGUCGGCCGAGGCAACGACAGUUAAUUGUAGAAUCUUAGCGUGGAUCUUGGUAUAUAAACUUUCUAGCGUUUCGCAGAAAAACGAAAAGCGAUCCCGGGUAUAAUAAUAAUAAUUAUUAUUAUUCCUAGCUGUUGAAAUGCCCCGUCACACCUAUGUUUUUUCAAUUUCAGUUUAUUUUUGUCCCAACUGGAACAUUGUGCCUCAUGCUGUUCGCACCAACAAACCUUCAAACACGUGGUGUCGCGCGCCAGGUAUGCUAUAACCUUUUCUCAAUUUGGGAUCCGUUUAACGAGGGCUAUCGAACAACUUCUAGCCGUGCAAGAGACAAAGAAAAGCUAAGUGAAAAAAAAAGGCUUGAAAAACGAAUUUAUAACAAUUUGACUUUUAUUCAACGUGCUGCAACAAAACCAGUAGGUCAAAGUAACAAAUCCAAUUGCAAUUAUUUCCUGGACGUUUACGGUUAUUAAGAUUUAUUACCUCGAACUGAUUUGAAACUUUUAUCAUCUUAACAGCUGGAGAAAAUAAACUAGGACUUGUUUCGAUUAUACUGCAGUUUAAUAGAACUUUUUUUUAUAUUUCGUCCAAGGCUCUAGCCAAGCGGUUUUUAUUAUGGAAUCAAUUAUGGAACAUGUUGCCAAAACUUUGAACAAGACACCAGAGGAAGUGAGGGAACUAAAUUUGUAUAAGAAUGGACAAGUAAGUUUUAACUUUCUUCAUUAUAACUUGAAUUUUUUUAAUUUGUGUGUUGAGUUGUUCAUUUUAUUUCUAGUUUAGUCAGCUAGGGCUUUAUUCUCACAAACUCCCUGAGUAAAGUAAAAAACGAUGAACACAACCUGAACAUACCUACACCUCUGCCUAGUCCCGAGGCCUCAUUAUUCCGUUACCGAAGUGAAUUGACCGUGAAGGCCUGGGAAAACGCCGUACAGGUACUAGGCAACCUCCAACCUCCUUAGCCAAGGACGUUUAGGGAGCGAUGAGAGUCGGGGGGCUGUAUUCGCAGGAGACGACGAUGGCCCCUGGCGAUGGCCCAAAUGUAUUUCCAGAGGACCCUUUAGCUAUUUGACAGUUACUGAAUCAUUUCAUGAUCAAAAUUCUGUUUUCUUUCCGUCCUCUUUCUGUUUCGUCCCGUUUAAGAAAGAUAGAAAUCUAAUUAUUUUAUUAAUGUGUCAAAAUAAUACUUUUCACUUGUAUUUUUUAAUAGUUACUUACUACUAAUAAAAAAUGAACUUUCAAAAAAGUCAAUUAAAGGAUGUUGUGGGAAUUACUCAUCACAGUUUGUCAAAACCUUUACAGGUAACGCAGACGGGACAAAAACUUAAGGACUGUAACAUAUCUAGUCUAUGGAAUGGUAAUAUUUGUUUAUUAAAUAUUUUUGGAUUGCAUUGUGCGUUAAUCAUUUUCAUUUACUCUGACUGGCGUGUCGCUAUGAUUUUACAAAGAUAGAGUCGAAAUCUGCCGAUCGAAAGCAAUUGCAACCUUACUAGCAAACGAAAAAUAGCUUGCUCUGGUGAUGUCGACUGCCGCACAAGUUGUCGAAACGUCAGUCACUGUCAACAGCAGUCCAAUCCAGGACCGUGACAAUCACACGAACGUUCAUGCUGGACAUAGUUAUGACAUGGCACCUAGGUUGAAAUCGCCGUUUACCAUAUCAAAAUCACUUCUAUUGUACUUUAGAGACAACCAAUCGUUCUCAAGUAUCACUCACAACAACUGAUUCGGUAUAGUCCCCCUUUUUCUUGUUUGUUUUUUUAGACCUCAUGCUAUCAAGUGACUUCAUGAAGAGAAAAGAAGCAACUGAGACCUUUAACAAGGUGAGGAUGAGUUGGUUUCUGCGUCUCAUCCUCUUAGUCUUUCUAGGACCUGAUAACUAAACUGCACUAAACCUCUUCUCGCUUUCAAUAUUUUUGCCGCUGCUAGAAAAUAUAGAGGACCCGUCUUGUAAGGACCUUUUUCCAUUUGGUCUACAAAAACUUAGCUAGAAAGUUAGUUCAAUCCGUAAAAAGCUGAUUCCCUUUUAAUUCAUUGUUUUCAUCUACACUGAAUUUGAAAAACCUUAUAGCAACUGAAAAAUAAACAAUAGGUUUCUAUACAAAAGCAGAAUGAUGUCUUAAGUCGAUUAGCCUCUUUUUCAGAACAAUCGCUGGCGGAAGCGUGGAAUCAGUGUUGUUCCUCUAAAGUAUGGAGUUCGGUGGGAUGGUAGGAGGCAUACUGCUUUGGUGUCAAUAUAUCAUACAGAUGGCACUGUCGCUAUUGCGCAUGGAGGAAUUGAUAUUGGGCAAGGAAUUAACACCAAGGUAUUAUUAAUAAACGAUAAAAGAAACCUGGGCGCUCAAAGUCUUUCCUAGUGAUCGUUGUCGCAAACGAGGGCUGCGACUGCUUUUGUGGCUGAAUCAGUGUUUCCAUAUGACUGUUAAAAUCGCAGUCACCGAACAUUCUUCUACCCAUUCUAUACGAUCAAGGCAGGAUUCCUACCCAGAUGUGACUCAGGCUUUCUUUAGCUGCAAAGGAGACUAUACUAAAACAGACAACCAAAUAAGUUAUAUAGAUAUUGGCAUUUUGCUGAAGACGUUGAAAUCAAACGCUGCCUUCAACACAGUAUGACAGUGGUUAAUUUGUGUUUAUGUAGAUAAUUCUUUACGUACAGCCCUAAGCGAUACCUCACUGGGUAAAAACAUUGGCUUUCCAAAAACUACAAACAAAAUCACAUCCCUAAGCGAGUAGAGAGGGAACCCCUUCUUUUUCAUAUGAGGGUCCCCCGGGCUUAAUACUUCAUACUGGCAUCCUGACUGUCAUUAUUUCAGUAAUACAUUGGAAUUGGCCUAUUAUUACAUAAAUGAACUAAAGAAAAGGUAUAUCUCUUAAGUUGCUCAGGUUCCAGCGCACCAGCUGAAGUGCCCACUGGAAAUGAUUGUCAUCAAACCAACCGCAGCAUUUACCAAUCCAAACAGUACGUGACAAACCUGUAAUGUUACCUUUGACUGAUAUCUUUCGACUUCACUCGGAACAUUUGCCCCAGCCAGAUAGGAUUAAUAUCCCCUAUUAAAACUGUACAACAAAACCGAACAUUAUUUUGUACAACAAUAAAAAGGAAAUAGCUGCUGAAGAAUUGCUUUUGUUUCACAGCAUUUGAUCCUGUCCAAACUAUCGGAUUUUUUGCACCACACACAUACCUCACCACUUCCCCGCUUCCAAACGAUGUUCAUUGCAUGAUGGCGACUUAUCAUGUAACAUCCAUAUCAUAUCUGGUAAAUGGUCACGUCCAAUUUAAUUUUUUGCAGAUGCAAGCACGGCUGCAAGCGCAACAAGUGAGAUGUGUUGUAAGGUUUGUACAGCUACCAGUCCAAUUCAUAAUUUCAUUCAUAAAACCUGCCUUAAAAAAUAAAAAAGCCAAAAGCUCGAGCUCUUUCACAUUGCGACAGCUCGAACCGGCCGCGAACACAUGGAAGAAGAUUAUCAAAUCACUACGUUUUAAGAAAACAGAAGAUUCUGAGUUUUUUGCCAGUGGACCAAAAGCAUUCAUAAAUUUGAGGGCUUUUUCCUGAGAGGUCAGGUAUGUUCAAACGAUUUUAAAGGUUUCACAGUUGCAUAGUCUAACCUUGUCUUUUAUUAGUCCGUUUGCAAAAGAACUUGAAAAUCUUUUGUUUCUGAAAGCGUUGUGAUUGGAUAAUCUAAAUGCUAAUACUAAUUAUAAAAUGAAUGCAUAAUAAAAACUAUACCAUAAACACUGGAGAACUCAAUUUCAAUCAAAUAUUAUUAAUUCGGACAGGGGCAUAGCCAUCACAUGGACCGGUAGGCCCAGGCCUACAAAUGUUUGGUUUUAUCACUCUACCGUUUGCCAGUAGUAAGUUAUGAGUUGUUGAGGCGAGCUAAAACGGUUAAGAGCUCAAGAGAGCUCAAGAGCCUUAGGAAAGUUAGCCAGGCCUAAAACUAUUCGAAAAGCUGGCUACGCCCCUGAUGACUUCAAUAAACUAACGAAAACCUUCCCAAACCGAACUCCUGGAGCUGGGACUGGCUGUUGUCAAGUCAAGUGGAAAGUCGUCCGUCAUUCAAAGAAUUGACUGUAAAAGUUUUAGUAUCGGUGCUAUUCACCAUUUUUUCCCAAACAAAUGUACCCUCUAGCCCCUCAUCCCCUAACGCCACGAAAAAUCUAUGCCUAGGCCUGUUACCGUAUAAAUAACUAACUUAUUGUAUGGCACCGUCCAGCAGUCAUAAAUAUUUUUUUUAGGCAGUAAUGGAAUGCUGCGACGUCUUAAAUAAAGUGAUUGAUCCAAUCAGAAAAAACCAUGCCAUCCGGCGUGUCCUGGCCUGAACUGAUUGAAAGGUGCUAUGAUAAUGGAGUGCAUUUAUCAUUUUUUAUCAGCCACGAGUUAAUCCCCCAAAGGGUUUUUUCAGCCGUUUUGGUCAUAAAUUGGGUCCGAUUUUGGCUAUUUGUUUUGGUCACCAAAUAGGGAAACAAAGUCUUGAAUGCCUUUUUAGAAGAAGCUAUUUCCUUAUCAUGUCCCCCUAACCUAAUAAAAGCAGAUAAACAUUGCCUUUAACAUUGGUCUGAACUAGGGAAAUAAUUAUAAGGCAGGUCUGAAACGGGUAUUGAUUUAAGGGUCAGGUCAUUAGGGUAGGGAAAAUCUAAAAUAGGGUAAGGGUUUUGGGAAGGGGCCGCACACCCCUACCCAAUUUUUCUGGACUUUUUAUACCACACCAUAUUUGCCUUCAAAAACAUUGUCAUUUAUCUUUCUUGAGAAACGCUCAUUCCUGGGGUUUGAACUGAAUGUUGCAUAGUUUAUGUUUCUCUUAGUACUGUUGGGGUGUUGAUGAAAAUUGAAUUGAUCAUGAAAAAAUGAUCGUUUUACAAGGAAAUGAAAGCAGGAAACGUAUUUAAUCCACCCAUUGCAGUCCAGUAUGUCCGACCAACAAAUGACCCACUUUUACUUGCCCUAGCCCCUGAGCGCGUUUAGCUAAUCAAGAGGCAGGAAGUCUGGACUUUAACUUCAAAAAGUCAUACGUGCUAGACUGGGAGAAACUGAGAUAUUUGUUCCCAAUACUUCUGUGUUACUGACUGAGAAAAACAUUUUUCUUGAAUCCUAUGAUAAUCGUCAGGUUAAAAAAGUACCCAAGACCAAUAAAACCAAAAGGGGAGUUACCUUUUUUAUGCCCUUUCUUUUUUAGGUACCAAGAUCCAACACCUCCAAGUGACACAUAUACAUACAACACUUAUGGCGUGACUUGCACUGAGGUGGAGGUUGACGUACUGACAGGAGAAAGAGAAAUCUUGCGCACUGAUAUACUGAAUGACUGCGGAGAAAGGUAACAUCCAAAAAAGACUUUCAGUUGCACGUGUCCAUAUUGUGGUGGUCAGAUGCCGUUGAAUCACAAGGGUGUUCUUCACGAGUCGAAAUUUUUCCAGCUUGAAAAUCAACAUUCAAACAUUAUGUUAAAGUCAAAACUGGUCAAUUAAUUAGUGUUGGGGCUUAGACAUAAAUGUUUGCUAAAGGGUCGUUAGUCUUGUAGAGCGUUUUCAGUCAAGAAAAAGCCUCCCACAGGACACCAACAUUGCCGCCAUUGUUUUGGGACACUAACAGGCAGGAAGUGACGUCAUGUGAAAACGCUCUGUUGAUGCAAAUACUUGAAACCUCUAUCAAAAGUAGUUGGUGUUCAACACGGCCUUUUUAAACUAAAAUGAUGUAAUGCUGUAAUGAUAUCCACAGCAAGAACCCUGUUCUGGACAUUGGUCAGGUGGAGGGUGCCUUCAUGAUGGGAGUUGGUCAGUGGCUGACAGAGAAAUUCAUCUACGAUCCUCAGACAGGGAGAAACUUAAGUAAUGGAAGUUGGGUAAGUGUUUGCAAUAGAUGAAGCUCUGACUCGCUUGUUAAGCCUCUGGUGAUUCUUGAACAUGGCAAAGGCGCCAAAUGUCUUUAACACUAUCGCAGUUGAUUUUUGUUGGUUGUGCCAAGAUCAAAGAGUUCAGUGGUGGCGCAAGAGCUCAGUGCGACACAAGCAAAUAUCAGGGGUACGCUAUUACAUUAGGGCAAUCAAUCUAGGUGGGUUAUGAAAUUAUAUCUUUCAACCAAUUUGCACAGUGUUUCUCCUUUUAUUUGGACAACAGACCCCAAUCAACAGUGUCAAUAGUCGAUGAAGUUGAUGGAUAGAUUAGCCGGAAUAGAUUGACAGUGGAAAUGGAAAGCACGAGGUUAAGGAAUGGCAAUCCAGUGUGAAAUUCAUGGUUUGCGAAGCACGUUGAACGGUUUUUUUCGCACGCUUCAUUUGAAUCUCAAGUUAUCCGCGCCCCCUCGCUUUCGUCUUCCUAUUGUUAUAGCUUAGCAGUUCAAUCAUCAGAGUAUUAUCCAAGAGUGCCAGUAUGAUUUUCACACACGAGUUAGAAAAUCAUAAACUUCAUGAAGCCAAAAUAUUAACCAAAUGUCUUUUACUUGUAACUUAAUGCAGGUAUCUGCUAACCUUUGUGUUCCAAACUGCUAACCCAUGUAAGGAAAUCCAGGACAGUCUUGGAUUCCACGCUGUUCAGGAUUCUUGAUUUUCAGUUUUUGUUAGUGGAACUUGGAUUCCGGAUUCCUUAAGCUGUAUUCCGGACUGCAAGGCCCAGGAUUCCGGAUUCCACUUGAACAUUCUCCUGGAUUUGGGAUUCCAGAAUCCAGAUUCCCUUACAGGGAAGAAAAAUGGACUUUGGACUGAUUUUCUUUACUAUAAUAGGACUAUAAGCCUCCAUGUUCAAAGGACACUCCAAUUGACUUCAGAGUAUCACUACUGAAGAAUGCUCCAAAUCCACUUGGCAUCAUCAGAUCCAAGAGUAAGCAAAUCAACUUAUUAACUGCAUGCAAGGAAUGACCCUUGUCAUAAUUAUAAAAAAAAUUCCAUUUUUAUUUUGUAAAAUUUCCACAAUCCUGAAGGUCAAAUGCUGCAAUAUGAUCAAGUAAAAAGAUUAAAGUGUUUUAAAAUGUAUUUGUAUAGGUAAUAGCAUAAUUUGAGUGAUAUUUGGCAUAAAUACUACAACCUCGUCCCCAUUUUCCCUUAAAAAAUGGGUGGGGCGGGAUACCCCACCCAUUUUUUAAGGGAAUUUCACGAGGUUGUUCACGAGCCGUCCCCAGGGCUUUUCCCUUAAAAACGAGUGGUGGGGGCCAAUUAACUACUACAUGGAAAUUUCUGCCUUUUUACCCGCCCCACCCCUUUUUUUGCGGGUAGUGGUAAAACAAAUAAUAGCAUGAUUUGUACGUUAUUUGGCAUCGAGGUUGUUCACGAGCCGUUAGGGCUAGUGAAAUUACGAGAACAAUUUUGAAAUAUCACUCGUGGUAUUUAUGCCAAAUUUGCCAAAUAUCACGAACAAACCGUGCUAUUAUUUGUUUAUACCACUACCCGCAAAAGGUUUGUAAUUUUCACAUGUAGGUAUUUCAAAUUAAGCUGAAAUACCACUGCUCUAAGCCAAUCAAAUUGCAGAAUUUUCUCAUGUAGUAGUAUAAUAUGUCUUAUGUUUCAUCAGCUUCAGGGGAACCUGCACAAUGCAUGGCCUGCUCGUGUUUGUUUGCUGUAAAACACGCUGUGGAAGAAGCACGAGGCGAAGUCGGCAAAGGAGAAGAAUAUUUUGUCAUGAGUGAGUAACGUUAUCAUAAACUUUUUACUAUGACUGAAAAAUAUUUCUCCGUCUCCUUUGGUCGAUUUGAGUAAUUUUUUAUUGGGUAUCAUGUCGAGCUCUCAUUGCUUGGUCAACAGACCCUGGUCCGGCGGAUACUCAUUUUAUCUCUUUUUAUUUCCCUUUUUAUAUCAAGGAUAAGAUUUCAACCACCACGUUUUCACCAGCACUUUUUUUCUGGUUAUUUUAGAUGGGCCCAGCACGGUAGAGGAUACACAGUUGGCAUGUCUUGUGGAUCCCAGCCACUUCACCCUGUGAGCAAAAAUACUCGUACGGGUAGGCCGGGGGAGCGUAUGGCGGAGAACUCUCAAGGUCUCCAAGGAGUUAUGGCUGAACUUGAAUGUAUUAGAGUCGAGGGAAUGAGCUCUUGUCAGUGGUCGCUGAAUGUUCGAGUCUAAAAGAAACCCAGAAUUUGAAGGAUCA